ACCGCCCCCAGGACACAAUCCGGGCAAGUGAGGGCCAACUCGUUCUGUCCACGGAGCCCGCUGCGUUAGCGACGCAUCGAGUUCUCGGUGAGCGGCAUGCAGCUCCUGAUGAGGGUGCCGUCUCUUCCUGAGAGGGAUGAACUGGACUGCAACAUAUGCUACCGGCCCUUCAACCUCGGGGACCGCGCUCCCCGCCGCCUACCCGGGACGGCGCGCGCCCGCUGCGGCCACACGUUCUGCACCGCCUGUCUGCGCGAGCUGGCGGUGCGCGGCGACGGCAGCAGGGCGGCGGCGCGCGUGGUGUGUCUGCGCCGCGUCGUUACCUGCCCUUUCUGCCGCGUGCCCACCCCGCUCCCGCGCGGUGGGGUCACGGAGGUCGCUGUGGACCCCGACUUGUGGUCGCGGCUGGAGGAAAAAGCGCGGGCCGAGCGCAAACCAGAUGAGGCGGGUAGCCAGGACAGGGAACGCCGCGACGCCGACCAAGAGUACGACGACGAGAAAGAGGAGAGCGAGAAGGGGGCGGGGCCUAGGGGCAAGGGGUGGCGCGCGCUGCGGAGACUCUGGUCCGGGAUGCUGGCCCCUACGCGCCGCGAGCGGCAUCCGCUGCCUAGCAACGUGCUGUACUGCCCGGAGAUCAAGGACUUAGAUCACAGUACCCACUCCACGCUGUAAACGCGGAAAUGGGAAGCUACGGUGGAAGGAAGGUGAGAGCUGCAUUCUCAGGGUGUGCUUUAGUACAGGGGCUUGAUGCCAAGGCUAUCCCCUCUCCCAUCCCGGAUUGGCACUGAUGAGGGAGUUGGGCAGACGGCAGGAGGGAACGUCCUGGGAGGUGUUGUGGAGCUGGGGGAGGCUCCUAGACUAAUCGCCCCCAUCUACACACUGUGCCACCUAAGACAUUAGGAUGGAGUGGCUCAAGGAUAAUAGUAAUAAAGUCUGCAUUCCCGUGAGAAGAUGAUAGUUUUCUUAGCUGUGACUAGCUUUUGUCCAGGGCAGCUCUGGGGUGUGGGAGCAACAGGUCAUUAGCAAUUGUGCCAAUGAUUGAAACUUUUUAAAAAAACGAUGGGAGAGAAGAGGCCAAUUUUCAUGUCAUGUUAACCUCUUCUCUAGCAGGUAAGAGAGCGGAGAAAAAUAAGCUGGUGGUUUUUUUCUUCCCUCAGUGCUGGUAUGCCUGUCCCCACUCCCGGUACUGUUCCUAAAAUUACUAAGCUGCCUUUUUACCUUGCUUUGUUUUACAAGCUCCCUUCAACUUGUUAAGACAGGUAUCGUAAGGCCCAAACGGGCACUUAUCUGAGGCACCUAAUUAAGGCCUAUCAAGGAUAGAAGGGAGAGCUAUUUGGUAAAGGCAUACGAAUUUAAAAAUACUUGUACUAUCUGUGUUAUCUUUACAGUCACAGGGAAACACUGUCACUACUGAAAAAAGAUGCUCAACAUGAUUUUAAACUUACAUCCCAUAACCGGACAUCUGUUUUACACCUUGGAUUCUAUUUUAAAAUCCUGUAAAUAUCAUAGUAGUUAUAGUCAAGAAUCAACAGCAUUGCAUCACUGGGAGAUUGUUGGAAGUACAAAUUCUCAAGAUUCCACUUCAGACACUGAGUUUUAACAAGAAUCCCAGGUGAUCCAUGUGCACAUAAAUUAAGUGGCACUGGUCCAGGCCCUCAAUUAUCUGGGAUAUUACAUCUGUGGAUGGAAUAUUUAAAACACAACUGGUAUAAGUAACAUACUACUUUACAUUAAAGGUUCUAAAAUGACAGUUUCUUGCUGAAAAAAUCUAAA